AUGAGCUGGACGUUGCGCAUAACGCGGAUCUAAAUCUCACCCGAUUUAAAAUUGAAAAUCGAAACCCAACAAGCAAUACCCAAAAGAGAUACGAAAAAAAUGGAGGGGCAGCCGCAUCCAUACGUGCCGAGAGAUCUGAAACUGCCGGAUUACGUACCUGUACUCCUCUCUCAGUCCACCAUCCUUAGCGUCUAUGGAAUCUCUUCCCUUGUCGUCGUCUCCCUCGUCUGGGUACUUUCUGGGGGGUCACCCAAAACAGCAAAAAUUGAUAGAUUGCUUAUGUGCUGGUGGGCUUUCACUGGUCUCACGCACAUAAUUCUUGAAGGUUAUUUUGCUUUCUCUCCCGAGUUUUACAAGGAGAAGACCCCUUUUUAUCUGGCUGAAGUUUGGAAAGAAUACAGCAAAGGUGAUUCAAGAUAUGCAGCAAGGGAUGCUGGAGUAGUUGCCGUAGAAGGAUUGACUGCAGUAUUGGAGGGUCCAGCUAGCCUUCUGGCAGUAUAUGCAAUUGCUAUGGGGAAGUCAUAUAGCUACGUACUUCAGUUUGCUAUUUCUCUGGGGCAGCUCUAUGGAACUGCUGUGUAUUUCAUAACUUCCUACUUGGAGGGCGAUAACUAUGCUGCAAGUCCUUAUUACUACUAUGCAUACUAUGUUGGUGCAAAUGCCUCAUGGGUUGUUAUACCCUCACUUAUUUGUAUCCGUUGUUGGAAGAAGAUUUGUGCAGCAUUUCAUGUACAAGGCCAGAAAAAGACUAAAACUCGGUGACAGAAGCAGAGAAUAACUCACUUGAAGACUCAAAUGAGAACAUUUGGUUUAGUGUUCGUUCAUAUCAUGUUCUUUUAUGAAUUUCAUGCUGUCAAGUAUGUAGUCUUGAAACAUCAAUUUAUUUAUGGCAAUGAGCGAUUAAUACGCAAUUUUAUCCAAA